UCGUGUUUGGAUCGAUUCAUGGUUGCAAUUGGAUCGUGUCGAUAGGAAUUUGUUUGAAAAUCAAAACAAAAUGCGUUUGUUUCCCAAUGCAAAUAUCAAAAGUCGAAAACACGUUUUGUUAUUCGUAUUGAUUAUUGAUUGUUUCAAUUUUAUUGGACACAUCUUUGUUGCAAUUAGUGUUUUGAUUGGCAUGUUUUUCAUUGUCCCUGAACUGGCUACAACUGACAUAGUUAGAAAUUCAUUGAUUAUGAAAUUUUAUCUUUUCAUCGAAUCAAUUAUAUUCCUAGUUGAUGCGUUACUACUGUUUCAAUGCAUAAUGCUUCUAUUCUGUUCGGUAUCGGCACCAUUUCAGGUGUUUCAUAAUACAUUAAAACAUCUAAAUCAAAAAUUCUAUGCAAUUUCUGAAAACUCACGUAUUGGAAAACCGAUUGGUGCAAAUGAAUUGAAGGAAUUACAAUUCAUCUAUCGACAACAUAAUAUUCUAUGUUACUAUGAAAUAUUCACUGAUAAAGAUGUCUGGAGCCAGGCGCUUUACUAUUAUGCAUUGGUUAGCAUUCCAAUUAAUGUGACAUUUAUGUGUGAAUUGAUCUUGGAAGAUUUACCGAAGAAAACACGAUUUUUAUUCUUAGGGCUUACAGCUUUGCAUGUAGUGCAAUUGAAUCUCUAUGAACGUGGUUUUAUUCCGUUCAUAGCUUUAGCACAUGUUACCAGUGCUUUCCAUAAAAUCAAAGAUUAUAUACCAGCUGUGCAGGUACAAUUGAAUCGUUUGACACAUCUUCGAAUGAAAUUGAAAUAUGAUGAUCUCUAUGAACGUUUAACUCAUGGUAAAAAAAUUGCCUAUACAUUUGGCUAUCUAGGCGAUCUGACGUAUCGCGGGUUAUUCGAAGCAUUUCUUGGAUAUAUUGCCGCUUUCUUUCUGAUCAUCAGAUUCUAUAUGAAUGGAAAUCAAACAAGUUAA